AUGGGCAGUAUCAAGCCAAUCCUCCUCAUCACACUCCCAGCACUACUACUAAUCUCCCUCGUCCCCAUUUCCCAAUGCCGCAAGCGGCAGGCCCACGGCUUCACGACCGACCUAAUCCACCGCGACUCCCCCGAGUCCCCAUACCACGACCCCACUCUAUCCCCCGAACAGCGUCUCGUAAACGCCAUCCGCAGAUCGCUGGCCCGCGCCCACCACCUCGACUCGAAGCGGGCCCGCCUCCUUCAUUCCCCCACCGCCGAACUCUUCCCGGCUGGCGGCGAAUACCUCCUGAAUUACUCCAUCGGCACGCCACCUGUCCCGAACAUCGGCAUCGCCGACACAGGCAGCGACAUCACCUGGAACCAGUGCCAGCCGUGCACUGAGUGCUUCAACCAGUCGCUGCCCAUCUUCGACCCGAGAAAGUCGCACACGUACAAAACAAUCCCCUGCGGCAACCCCCGCUGCAAGGCCCUGGGCUCGCCCACAUGUAGAAAGGAGAGUCGACGUCCCAGCAGCUGCCACUACUCACAGAUGUACGGCGACGGGUCGUACACAGAGGGGGACCUCUCGACCGACACAGUCACGCUGGCCUCGUCGGGCGGGACGGCGGUUUCGGUCCCCGGCGUUGUGGUCGGGUGCGGGCACCGGAACGCGGGGAUCUUCAGCGGGGUCGAGUCGGGCAUAGUGGGUCUUGGGGGCGGGAAGGCGUCGCUCGUUGGCCAGCUGGGCAGGCUGGCGGGAGGGCGAUUCUCGUACUGCCUGGCGUCUGAAAAGUCGAGGUCGAGCAGCAGGCUGAGCUUCGGGGCGGAUGCGGAGGUCAGGGGGCCGAGGGCCGUGCGGACCCCGUUGGUGCGCCAGGGGAUCGAUACCUUCUACUACCUGACGAUGCUGGGGAUCAGUGUCGGGAGCCGGAGGCUGGCGUUCAGCGAGGGCUCGUCGUCGUCAUCCGUGGGGGGGAAUAUUAUCAUAGACACGGGGACGACGGUGACGUUGCUCCCCGGGAGUCUGUACGAGGGGCUGAAGAAGACGCUGCAGGGGAUGGUUCGGCUGAGGCAGAUACCGGACCCGACGGGGACGCUUGACCUGUGCUUUGAGACACGCGGGAGCGUGGUGGGGCUUCCGGAGGUCACGGUGCACUUCGAGGGGGCCGACGUGAAGUGGGGGCAGGAGAAUUUGUUUGCGAGGACAGGCGACGUGUCGCUCUGUCUGCUGGCCUUGCCGGCACUGGGGAUUCCCAUUUAUGGUAACAUGGCACAAACGAACUUCCUGGUGGGGUACAAUCUCCGGAAGGGGAUGCUGUCCUUCAAGCCUGUACGUUGUGGUGGCAAACCUUGA